AUGAGUUCUCUCAAUGGUUGGCAUAAGGGUGAACGUGACAUUCAGCAGAAACUCGGAUUCCAUGGAGCUGUAUCUCAGUCUUGGACUCAAAUCGAAGGAGAACUUCCUGAGCAGCACCGGAAUUUCUACUCCACACGUCUCCCAUUUAUUCCUGUUACCACUCUUGAUUCUAGGGGUCGUCCUUGGUCUUCAAUACUCGCAGGUCCAAAUGGAGAGAUUGGGUGGGCUUCUAGCGAGACGUAUGAUCAAUUGUCUAUGCGGGCGAAGGUCUGGGACGGCGAUCCGCUCAAGGCGAAUGCGGACUAUCAUGCUGAUUCUACAGAUGCAUCUCAGAGGAAGAUGCUAAUCGCUGGUAUUGGUGUUGAGUUUUCAACCAGGCGCAGGAAUAAGUUCGCAGGGUCGGUCAAGGCUAUUGAAAAGCAAGGGGGUUUAUUAGAUAUCUGCACGUCUGUUAACGAAGCUAUUGGAAAUUGCCCGAAAUACAUCACAAUCCGCGACCUUGUUCCAUUUCCACACACGAAACCUCGAGUCACCUAUCAAGAACUUAAUAUCCCCCUAACUGGCCGCCUUUCUCCGGAUCUCAUCUCAUUCAUCCAUUCAUCCGACACAGUGUUCCUAGGCUCAUCAUACUCGGCCUCUGAAAAAGACGCACCGAGGUUUCCAUCUCACCUCGGCAUGAAUCAUCGCGGUGGGAGACCUGGGUUUGUUCGUGUACGCAACGAUGGGCGUACUCUCAUCUUGCCAGAUUAUUCAGGUAAUCGAUUGAUGACAUCCCUCGGAAAUAUAGAAGCCACAGCUCUUGCUUCUUUGACAUUCCCGUCAUUCACCAACGGAUCACUCUUAUACGUUACCGGAACUGCACAUAACUUUAUUGGCGCUCCAGCUCAAGCAAUUAUGCCUUCGCAGAAUGCUCUCACUGCGAUUGAAAUAACAGGUUAUAUUUUUAUCGAGGACGCAUUGCCUGUCCGUCAGCGUGAAGGGACUGGGCCGCAGAGGAGUCAGUAUGCCCCUCCUGUGAAGCUGCUCAAAGAAGAACAAGCUUCUUCCACGUACUUCAGCACCGAAGACACCAUACAUGCGACGCUUUCCCGUAUUGCGCUUCAUUCUUCCGAUCUCGCCACAUUCACAUUUGAAUGUCCUCACAAGCUUACUAUCAUCCCUGGCCAAGCCGCCAUCUUUGAUUUCACCUCUUUCCUCGGUGCAUCGACAUACAGGCACAUGGCACCUGAGAACCCAAAUUCAGUGAAUGACGAUCGUAUAAGGACGUGGACUAUUUCAUGGUGCAGCUCAUGGGCUUCGGCUGCAGACGGGAUAGGCACAACGUUAUCCUUGACAAUGCGCCUGAAGCCUGGCGGUACUGUUACUGGGGCACUAUUCAACAUCGCCAACAAACUCUUAGCAGUCCGCCCAGAGUUGCUCGAGGACUCACGUCCGCUUGGACUAGACGUUAGGCUGGUUGGAAUAGUAGGGGACUUCGUGCUCGAGGCCACAGACCCUCGCGAGGGUGCCAACAUCGCGGUUACACGCGAGGAAGAACAAAUGUCUGUCCGAGAAAUUGCUCCAAGGAAGCUUCUUUGGAUAGCCGGCGGCGUUGGAAUAACACCUUUCCUCGCUAUGCUCUCCAGCAUUUCCUCAUCCUCCGCCGCCGAGUAUGAAAUAACGCUCAUUUUGUCUACGCGCGAGCCAGAUGUGAUGCUCGCUCUUCUUUCCAAUGCCAUCGAAGCCGCUUCCCAUGAAGUCAGACUAGUCGUUCAUGUCUUCUCAUCCACUGAACAGUUCGAGAACUCCUUGCCCUCUUCUGUAUCGCUUCAUCGUCAUUCUGGACGGGUCACUUCCUCGUUUAUCUCUGACUUUGAAGCUGAAUGUGUGUAUGUUUGCGGCCCAGAAAUAUUCGAGCGAGAGGUUACCCAGGGUGUAGUUGGGAAGGUGAGAAGGGAGGGAUUUACUUACUGA